UUGUUUUUCGUGUUUCUGAAGCAGAGCUUCAUCUUAGUCUAUCUUGGCUACUAGGUAAAAUGGGGAGAUCUCCAUGCUGUGAUGAAAAUGGACUCAAGAAAGGACCAUGGACCCCUGAGGAAGACCAGAAGCUUGUGGACUACAUCCAAAAGCACGGCCAUGGAAGUUGGAGGGCUCUCCCGAAGCUUGCCGGGCUCAACCGGUGCGGCAAGAGUUGCAGGCUGAGAUGGACCAACUACUUGAGGCCGGACAUCAAGAGGGGAAAUUUUACUCUUGAUGAGGAGCAGACCAUUUUGCAUCUUCACUCUGUCCUGGGGAACAAGUGGUCUACAAUUGCGACGCACUUACCAGGGCGGACGGACAAUGAAAUCAAGAAUCACUGGAACACCCACCUGAAGAAGAAACUCAUCCAGAUGGGGAUCGAUCCAGUUACCCACAAGCCAAGACUAGACCUAAGCAUGCUAACAAGUUUGCCUUCACUUGAUCAGAGUCUCAGAUUACAGACAGACGCGGCGCAACUCGCCGGAAUUUACUACCUGCAAAACCUCCUUCAGGCCGUGAUCAAUGCCAAAUCCUGUUCCCUGCCCCUCGGGCUCAAUGAGCAGCCACCAAUUCUGCAAAACUACCAACUUGAAAACCUGCAGUCCUACGCUGAUCUCCCCAUGGAGCAGAUCCAAGUGAACCCAAGUUUCUGUAAUCUGAAAAACGCAGAAAUUCCGUGUGCCUACCAGCAGAAUCAUGUGUAUGGAGACAAUGGGAACGGAUAUAUUCCUUCGCUAGACACUCCGGCUUCAUCCCCACCUACUUAUGCCAAUCCCAACCAAACCCAAGACCAGUUGAACCCAUCUGAAAUGUCCACCAAUUCCUCAACUGCAACAACGACAACGAUGGGGACAACGAUGACAAAUUUCGACUCUUGGGGAGAACUCAAUUUCGAUGUUCAAUCCAGUGACUGCUGGACAGAGCUUUUCAACCAACCUGCUGCGUCCUCGUGGAUGGAAGCAUCUAACUAGCAAGGACGAGGCAUCGUAACUAGAGGGGGUGAUGAACUGAUCAGCAGAAGGAUCAGCCCGCAACUUUGUACAUGGAGAAAAGGAGUUCUGAUUCAUGAUAUAGUUCUUUUUUUAUUUACAUAAACAGAUUUGUGUUCAGUGCUGUGCAGGCCAGAAUAAGUAAAGCAGAUGUUGUCAAGUCCACUGUAAAAUAUUGGCCUCAUGAUUUGAGAUUAUCUAAUGGAAACACAUUAUACUUCAACAGUUUUUCU